AUGCAGAGCACCAUUGUACAAGUCAAAUGCGACUACUUAUUGAUCAAAUUAGUAUGCAACAAGAGCAAAUUGUGGCCCUGGAAUAGGGGAAGAAGCGAAAGGAUCAGGAGUGCGCACAAUUUAAGGCUCUUGUUAAUGAUCUCGAAAAAAAGACCCUUCAAAGAAUAAUUGAUAAAACACAAGUUCGUGAGAUGAUGAGCAUUCUUAUACGAUAUCUCCACAAAGUACCGCAUGUAAUAGUUGAAACAAUCUUUGGGUUGAAUGCUUUAGGUACCAGUGGCAGCUGUAGUAAAUAUGGAUUGCAAUCGUGCUGAUUAUCUGGAAAGGACAAUUGUGUCUGUCUUAAAGUAUCAGAGCUCUGUUACUUCAAAAUAUCCCCUUUUUAUAUCUCAGAUACUCAAACUUAUAAUCUUAUUCUUUAUUAGCAACAAAAAGUUUGUCUAUUUGACUUGUUUUAACUUUGUACUUCAUGCACAACAGACACUUUAUUGUUCUUUUUUGUCAUUAAAAGAAGAAAUGCUUCUAACUGUGAUAGUUUCUUCUCAGGAUGGAUCAGAUCCAAAUGCUAAAGCUAAGGCUUUGAGUUUUUUUAAUCAGCUAACUUAUAUGCAGCAUAUAGAUUAUGAUCCAUUGCAAACAGAAAGACCAGGGGAAUUGAUCGCAUACUACAAGAUUGCCCGUCACUACAAAUGGGCAUUGGAUGAGUUGUUCUACAAACACAAUUUUGACCGAGUAAUUAUACUUGAAGAUGAUAUGGAAAUUGCCCCCGACUUUUUUGAUUACUUUGAAGCAGCUGCAGCCCUUCUCGACAAGGAUAAGUUAAUUAUGGCUGUUUCCUCAUGGAAUGACAAUGGGCAAAAGCAGUUUGUGUAUGACCCAUAUUUCUUUCCUGGUCUUGGCUGGAUGCUUACUAAGUCUACAUGGAACGAGCUAUCACCAAAUUGGCCAAAAGCAUAUCCGUCUUGAUUAAGUAUAUUGUUAUUCAUUUAUAUAUUACACUAAUGCUCAUUAAUAUAGUUUCUCUAUGAAAUUUCCUUGACAAAAGUUCACUUAUUGGGAUGACUUGUUGAGAUUAAAAGAUAACCACAAAGGUCGACAAUUCAUUUGUCCAGAAGUGUGCAGAACAUAGAACUUUGGCGAACAUAUCAUCCCACCUGUAUGUGUCUUCCUUGUGGAUUGGAACUAGGUAGAGGCUAGAGCAUGAUUGAGGCACACAUUCCAUUUGUUUUCCGUGGAGAAUUUUGUGCUAUUAUUCUAUUGCAAAGCUUCUGCUAGAAUGUCACUAUACUUGGACGAAUAUAUGUUACUUCUAUGGUGUCAGUGUUGGUGUUUAUUAGAUGAAGAGUUUCCUUC